AUGUCUUACAAUUACAGCUCUGGAAACUUUUCCUCCCGCUCUUUUGGAGGUUUUCUGGGGAACCAAGUUCCCACCUAUGAUGCUUUCUACCCUGGCAAUGUAUCCUUCUCUUCAAACAACUUCCAUGUCGGCUCUUCUGUCUACAGUCCUCAGGAGACCUUCUGUGAGCCCUCCAUCUGUCAAACGCCCUGUGCUGUGGAGAGAUAUUACCAGAUGUCUUGCUACCGUCCAAAGAAUCACAUCAUUUACAGUCCCUGCCAGACAAAUUAUGCUGGAUCUGUAGGAUAUGGAAACACUGGCUUUGGAUCUUUCGGCUAUGGAAACUCUGGCUUCCAGUCUCUGGGCUGCGGAUCUAACUUUGGUCGCCCAACUUACUUUUCUUCCAGGAGUCACCAGUCAACUUGCUACCAACCAGGAUUUGGCUCUCGAUUUUUUUGA